UUUAUAUUUUGUGCGCUCCGUUUAUUCUCGGUAAAUUAGUUAAUCGUUCUAUUUAAUCUUAUAAUAAUUAUUUGAUUGUUUAUGUCUAUUUAUACUUUUGUGACAGUUUCUCUCUAAGCAAUUUUACAAUUCUUGUGUAAUUUGGGCAAUAGGUGGCUUUCUGUUUGUACAGCAACAUAAAAUGCAACCAUUGAAGCGUUUUACACAAUGUGGCAGCCUAACCAUGCUCUUUGGUGUUUUUAUCAUCCUCUUUGGUGUCAGCUCAACGGCAUUAACAACAUUCGGCAAGACCAAUAAUCAGCCGCCCCCUACACAAACUCCCACAGUCAAAGGGCGCGAAUGCAGUACACACGAGGAUUGCUCGGCCAUAGAACGUACUAGCUGUGUGAGGGAUCCCAACGACUACAAACUUCGUUGUCUGUGCGGAGACGAUUCUCCUCCAGCGAAUGGACUUUGUCCUGAUGUACUCAAGGGGCUGCGUCAUAAGUGCAACAACAACAACGAUUGUGAAGAUGGAAUGGUUUGUCAAUUCGAAAACAACAACAACCGAACGAUUGGGGUCUCUAAGUUUAUGUCAAGUAAAAUCAAGCAAUGCCUUUGUGAUAAUGAUAAUGGAUAUGUGGAGGAUAUUCUGCACGAUAUUUGCAACGGAGCUAAUGAUUCAUAUCUGGUAAAUAUUUUGGUAUAUGUCUGUUCUUUGAUGACGCCGUUUGCUUUCUCCGCCUUCAUGGCCAUCAAAAAGAAUUUCUAGAAAGCGAUUUAAGCCCUGGCAUGAGAUAUACAAUCCAACCAUUUAUUUUUAUGUCCUUUAGUGAUCCAUCGAAUGUGCCUCAAAACAAACAAAUCAAAUGGAAUCGCCUUGUUCAAACACUUAAGAAACAUAUGUAUGCUCCUGAUAAUACUCUUUCAAAUCCAGAAACCUAGCAUAGCAAAUUGGCUUUACACAAUGUAAUUGCAGUCGUAAUUUGUCCAAAUGUUAAAUUGAUAAGUUUCAUAAGUA